AUGUAUAUCCAGCUGAAUCGAAAUAAAAAAAAGAAAAAACAGUUUGACGAUGAUAAAUUGAAUGAAGAGGAAACCGCAAAAAUAUAUGCAGAAUAUGUUCGUGCAUUUGAAGGGGGCAAUGAUUUAGAUAAUCGUCAUAAAUUCGUUAAGGGUCUUAAUCCUAGCUCAAAAUUUGAAACCUUAUUUGAAGAAGAAAAAUUCCAAGAUGAAACUUGUAGAAAUAAUCAACAAAAGAUCGAUCAAAAAAUCGAAGAAAAGAAAAAUACUGAAGAAAUAAUUGAAAAUAAAAAUAACACAGUAGGAAAAGUAAAAGAAAUUGAUAGCUUUUUAGAAGAAAUAAAAUUGAAACAGAAAAUUUUGGAUGAAAGGAAAAUCUUGAAGGAAAAAUCUCAGCUAGCCAAAUCGGAAGAAGAAAAAAAAAAAAUAAAUAAAAAAAUAACGGAGAUAGAACAAAAUGAAAAUUUGUCAUCUUAUAUUCAUAGAAAAGAGAAAAUAGCAAAUUUAUAUUUAGGAAAUUUAUCCCCCGAA